UAGCCGUGCGUGGAGUGAGGGUCCCCUGCUGCUGGCAUCCCAAAUCCACUUCAGGGACACAACUCUGUGCAUCUCUCCCUGAGUUAGUCCAGCCUCUGCUGAUGUGAGUCAGGGAUAGAGAAACCAAGCCAGGUGUCUGGAGGUGUGGGGUCUCAGACCCUUUGCUGCCACAGCGAAGGCCUCAUCCUGGUACUUGGUAAUACAGGCUAUAACCCACAGCAUUCUGCAAUCUGAUACCUAUCAGGGCUGAGCUUAGCAACACUGUGCUAGACUACACCCCACAAUACAUGCCUCCUCUCACACCAUUAGUAUAGGUAUUGCUUCUGAGACUGCCUUUGCUUUCAUGGGCCUUUAGAAACUCAAGUCUGAAGCUUGAUUUCUGCUAGGAGGAGACAAAGGCUCCCUCCUUGGGCCCUUCUCCAUUUGUCCCUGGUAUUCUCCUUACUACAGGUUGAGAAGCAAGAUCUUCCCCCGCCCCCACCUCAGGUGUGCAUAGCUAACCAGUGAGUGUACUUUAAACAUGGCACCCAGAGAAGGCCAGGUCACAUUCAGGGCCCUGGAUGCCUUGCUAUAAUUGGAGUCUGUGUCUCAGACUAUCUGAAAGGCAGUAACAGGCAGGAUUAUGGCCACAUUGCCAGGUAAGGGCAUCUGCCUUCCUUGGGUAGAAGAGGUGAUCCUGGAUCCAGUGGAUUUCAUGGAGGCCACUGGGGGAUACCUACAGAGUCACAGCCCCUGGGCCCCUGGGUUGGUGGGGUUGGUGGGUGAGGGUCCAAGGCUUCAGAAGUGUUCUUCCUGCUGCUCCUUUGGCUGACUGUCCUUCCACCUAUGUCCAGCUUGCCUGCAGGGGCUGUUGCGUGCUGCCAGCUCUGUCAGAAAGUGACCCCACUGCUUCUGCUCUUGUUCCUGGGGGUGAGCGUGUCUGUGAGACACAGUGAUGCCCAUACCUGCUUCUCACUGUCCUGCUAUUGAUGCCUUGGGAAGAGGGCAGCAAGGCCUAUGGGCCGGCCAGUUAUGCCAGCUGCCCUCGCCCACAUGCACUUGCACACACCAGGCCUGUGGUAGGGCUGCCUGUAAGCAUCUGUAGAAACCAUAGGAGCCUCUGAAAGCCACCUCACCUGUUCUGUCUCCAGGAGCCUGCUUAUGUCCUUGUCUGGACCAGCUUUCCUGUCCACAGUGUCUUCUUUCCCUACUACCUUGUCUGAAAUAGUCUUGCCGUAGAUCGUAGUGUCUCAUGUUUUAGUUCAUUAUAUGUUUUGUUUGGUUUUUCUUAUUUUUAAAGGAUAAUUACAUUUAAGUUCUUCUAAUUUCAUGUUCCAGAUUUUAAGGUUUUUCUAAUUUCUUCAUUUUUUGUUUUGUUUUUUGUUUUGUUUUUUGUUUUUAUGUACUGUAGUGUUUUAACCAAACAGUUGUGGCUACUCAUGGUGAGGAAAGACCGCUAAGAGUGUGGGUUCUUUGCAAUACAUUUGGAGGUCACUGCUCCCGUUGAUGUUAGGAGGUUGAGAGGUUUGCCUUAGUGUCCAAAUGAUGAUAUGUCUGAGUCCGGCCAGUCCUCAGCUGCUGCCACACCCAGCACCACAGGCACCAAGUCCAACACCCCCACGUCCUCCGUACCUUCCGCCGCAGUCACGCCCCUCAAUGAGAGCCUGCAGCCACUGGGGGAUUACAGCGGUGGCACAAAGAACAAUAAGCGAGCCCGGGAGAAGCGCAACAGCCGCAACAUGGAGGUCCAGGUCACCCAGGAGAUGCGCAACGUCAGCAUAGGCAUGGGCAGCAGUGACGAGUGGUCUGAUGUUCAGGACAUUAUUGACUCUACCCCAGAGCUGGAUAUGUGUCCUGAGACCCGCCUCGACCGCACAGGAAGCAGCCCAACACAGGGCAUUGUGAACAAGGCUUUUGGCAUCAACACAGACUCUCUAUACCAUGAGCUGUCCACCGCGGGGUCCGAGGUCAUCGGGGAUGUGGAUGAAGGGGCUGACCUGCUAGGGGAGUUCUCAGUGCGCGAUGAUUUUUUUGGAAUGGGCAAAGAAGUGGGAAACCUGCUGCUGGAAAAUUCACAGCUCCUCGAAACCAAGAAUGCUUUGAACGUGGUGAAGAAUGACCUCAUUGCCAAGGUUGACCAGCUGUCGGGGGAGCAGGAGGUACUGAAGGGUGAGCUGGAAGCUGCCAAGCAGGCCAAGGUUAGACUGGAGAACCGAGUCAAGGAGCUGGAGGAAGAGCUGAAAAGAGUGAAGUCUGAGGCUGCCAUUGCCCGUCGUGAGCCCAGAGAAGAGGUGGAGGAAGCAAGCAGCUAUCUCUGUACAGAAUUGGACAAAAUCCCCAUGGCCCAGCGCCGCCGCUUCACACGGGUGGAGAUGGCUCGCGUGCUCAUGGAGCGUAACCAGUACAAGGAGCGACUCAUGGAGCUGCAGGAGGCGGUGAGGUGGACCGAGAUGAUCAGGGCAUCGCGAGAGCACCCGUCUGUCCAGGAGAAGAAGAAGUCUACCAUCUGGCAGUUCUUCAGCCGCCUCUUCAGUUCCUCCUCCAGCCCACCCCCUGCCAAGCGUUCCUACCCAUCGGUGAACAUCCACUACAAGUCCCCCACCACCGCUGGCUUCAGCCAGCGCCGCAGCCAUGCCAUGUGCCCCAUCUCAGCUGGCAGCCGGCCCCUGGAGUUCUUCCCUGACGACGACUGCACGUCUUCUGCGCGACGUGAGCAGAAGCGCGAGCAGUACCGCCAGGUUCGAGAGCACGUGCGCAAUGAUGAUGGGAGGCUGCAGGCGUGCGGCUGGAGUCUGCCUGCCAAGUACAAGCAGCUGAGCCCCAAUGGGGGCCAGGAGGACACGCGGAUGAAGAAUGUGCCUGUGCCUGUGUACUGCCGCCCUCUGGUGGAGAAGGACCCCACCAUGAAGCUGUGGUGUGCUGCUGGUGUCAACUUGAGCGGAUGGAAACCGAGUGAAGAGGACUCUGGCAAUGGAGUCAAGCCGGUUCCUGGCCGCGACCCUUUGACCUGUGACCGGGAAGCAGAAGGCGAGCCCAAGAGUGACCAUGCAUCCCCUGAGAAGAAGAAGGUCAAAGAGGUGCCUGAGACAGACGCUACCUCCAGCCGGGUAUGGAUCCUCACCAGCACCCUGACCACCAGCAAGGUGGUGAUCAUUGACGCCAACCAGCCAGGCACCGUGGUGGACCAGUUCACAGUCUGCAACGCCCACGUCCUGUGCAUCUCCAGCAUCCCAGCGGCCAGCGACAGUGACUACCCCCCAGGGGAGAUGUUCCUGGACAACGAUGUGAAUCCUGAGGACUCUGGCGCCGAUGGUGUGCUAGCCGGCAUCACGCUGGUGGGGUGUGCCACACGCUGCAACGUGCCACGGAGCAACUGCUCCUCCCGAGGGGACACACCCGUGCUGGAUAAGGGACAGGGGGAGGUGGCAGCCACAGCCAGCACAAAGGGCAACCCAUCCCAGUCCACAGAGGAAGCCACAGAAGCCACAGAGGUGCCAGACCCCGGGCCCAGCGAGCCAGAGGCCGCCACCACUCGGCCCGGGCCCCUUACGGAGCAUGUUUUCACUGACCCAGGACCAGCCCCACCUUCUAACACCCAACCUGCCAGUGAGGAUGGGCCAGAGCCAGGUGUCAGCAAUGUGCAGCCACAGCUGGAGCCCAGCGGGGAGCCCUCGGCAUCCACCAGCAGUGCCGCACCCACCAUGUGGCUGGGAGCCCAGAAUGGCUGGCUCUAUGUGCAUUCGGCCGUGGCCAACUGGAAAAAGUGUCUGCAUUCCAUCAAGCUCAAGGACUCCGUGCUGAGCUUGGUGCACGUCAAAGGCCGUGUGCUGGUGGCUCUGGCAGAUGGAACUCUGGCCAUCUUCCACCGUGGUGAAGAUGGCCAGUGGGACCUGAGCAACUACCACCUGAUGGACUUGGGCCACCCACACCACUCCAUCCGCUGCAUGGCCGUGGUGUACGACCGCGUCUGGUGUGGCUACAAGAACAAGGUGCACGUCAUCCAGCCCAAGACGAUGCAGAUUGAGAAGUCAUUUGAUGCCCACCCAAGGCGGGAGAGCCAAGUACGGCAGCUGGCAUGGAUUGGUGAUGGGGUAUGGGUGUCAAUCCGCUUGGACUCCACCCUGAGGCUCUACCACGCCCACACCCACCAGCACCUACAGGAUGUGGACAUUGAGCCGUAUGUCAGCAAGAUGCUGGGAACUGGCAAGCUUGGCUUCUCCUUUGUGCGCAUCACUGCCCUGCUCAUUGCAGGCAACCGCCUCUGGGUGGGCACUGGCAACGGGGUGGUCAUCUCCAUCCCCCUGACCGAGACUGUGGUCCUACACCGAGGCCAGCUCCUGGGGCUCCGAGCCAACAAGACGUCCCCCACGUCUGGAGAGGGGUCCCGCCCAGGGGGCGUCAUCCACGUGUACGGGGACGAUGGCAGUGACAGGUCCGCCAGCAGUUUCAUUCCAUACUGCUCCAUGGCCCAAGCCCAGCUCUGCUUCCACGGACAUCGCGACGCCGUCAAGUUCUUCGUCUCUGUACCAGGGAAUGUGCUGGCCACGCUCAACGGCAGCGUGCUUGAUAGCCCGUCCGAGGGCCCAGGCCCCGCCGUACCUGCCGCAGAGGCCGAGGGCCAGAAGCUGAGGAACGCACUUGUGCUGAGCGGUGGGGAAGGAUACAUUGACUUCCGCAUAGGGGAUGGAGAGGAUGAUGAGACGGAGGAAGGCGCAGGGGACGUGAGCCAGGUGAAGCCCGUGCUGUCCAAGGCUGAGCGCAGCCACAUCAUUGUGUGGCAGGUGUCCUACACCCCCGAGUGAGGCCCUGCCCUGCCUGAUGCCAACCUGUACAUAGGACCCCUGCCCGCCUGCUCCCGCCUAUCCCCCUGGGGCAGCCAGACCCAUCCACCCCUUCUAACCUCUCAACGUGCAGCUUUCACCUGAGGCCCGGCCCCCCCUGGCAGGGAGGUGAUGCGGGUCACUGGGGGGUAGGUGUGGGUGGCACUCCCCAUGGGGAGGGGAAGCCCCUCUACAACUCCACAGCAGCUUCCAACUAGUGCCCAGCCCGGUAAGCUCCAACCUAGGGGCACCUCAGAGCCAGAGAAAGGCGGCUGAGCCCUGCAGGGGCCCUGGCCCCAUCACUCCCAGCAGGAUGGGCUCUCCCGGCCACUUCCUCCUGGGUCCAUGUGCUUUGCAUGCUGCCCUGGGGUGGGGGCCCUUGUUCCACAAUGGACCCAGGCCCAGCCACCAUCCUCUGCCCAAAGAGAGGGGGCUUGGGCUACUCAGGUACCUGGACCCCAGCCUAUCUUCUCUGGCUUUCCCAUCCCAAGCCUGUUCCCUUCACCCCCACCCGGGCUUUGCCCAAAAUCUGGCAUGCAAGCUCGGGCAGGGGCAGCUGCCUCAGAAGAUGAACCAGACACUCCAUACCCUACUGGAGCCUGAGGCUAUUGGCCCUUCAUUUACCCACAUCCCCAGGGUCUCCCUGGGCACAAGCCUCACCGCAGAGGAGCAGAACCCUGGUGCCCUGCCCCUCCCAGAAGCCCCUUGGGUCGAAUUCUCAGGCUGCCAAGGCAGGCCCAGGCCUCAGGAAGAAGGGGAGGCCCCUGGCCUCCCCGGGGUCAGUCCUAGGAUGCAGGCUCAGCCUCAGGUUGGUGGGGGAUGGAGUGCUCCUGGGGCCUGCCUCCUGCACAGGGCUCCACGGCGUCCAGCUCCAGACACGUACUAAGUGCCUAGGGUUGCCCUCUGCGCCUGCUCCCCGGGAGAGCAACUGAGGAGAGGCUGCCAAGCAGAGGCCAGGACUGAGGAUGGGGCCGGGCAGCCCUGCUGUCAGGGUGGGAGUAGUGGGCUACUGGCCACCUCCACCUUCCUGGGCCCAGGCCUUAUUCCUGCUCUAGAGGCCCUGCCACCCACCCUCCCACCAGAGAAGCACAGAUCUCGGGGAGCUGUCCCUCGAGCCCAGCUGGCCGUGGCAGGCCGCAGGCUUCUCCCCACUGCCCUGCCACCUCUCCACUGUGAUGUAUGUCCUUUGUCUGUUCCUACAGGAGCAUGAAGUGACUGGGGUUAGUUGGGUGGGUGCAGCUGGAGGAAGGGGCCGGGUGCAAUUCUCCUCAGGCUUUGGCCCUGCAAGUGAACCCACAUAUCUGCCCUGUAUGUAAUAAACGUCUGAACACCG